AUGGAUAAUUUAGAGCCACCAGUGCCAGUACGAGCACCGGGAAAAUAUCAUAUACUGAUGACAACAUUUGCACUUUAUUUUUGUUAUAUUUCUUAUGGUUUGUCGUAUAACAUAUGGGGUCCGACAUGGGUCGAGUUGGUCGGCCUAUUGAAUAGUACACAGAAGGACAUGUCGUACGGCAACUCAUUGAUGGCCAUCGGGUAUACAAUCGGAGCAUUUUCUGGUCUAUUUCUUCACAAUCACAUCAACCGGCAACUAAUGGUUGCAUUUUAUUUGAUUUUAAUGGCAUUGUCCACAUCACUGACUCCGGUACUUAAAUCAUACACUGUGUUCAUGGAGUUGUCAAUUAUAUUUGGUUUUGGUGAGGGAGGAUUUGACACGGCAUGCAAUGCCUGGUUACUGGAAAUGUGGCUCCGGGAUAACGGUCCAUACAUGCAGGCCCUGCACUUUAUGUUUGGUUUGGGCUCAUUACUGGCACCGUUGAUCAGCAUCGGCUUCUUGAGCGACACAACAACAUUACCGUCGGUCAAUAAUAUCAGCGUAGAUAUAAUGCAACGGCAAAUGUCAAUGAAAAACAUGACAUUAGAUGCACCACAGUUUGGUGUUCAUCACCACAACUAUAUCUAUUACAAUCAAAUUAUAUCAUCAUUUGAAAAACAAUUGACAAAUAUAAGCUACGAAACCAACAAUACCAGUCCCGAGGCCACCGAUUCUCGUAUUUAUAUCCCGUAUUGUAUAACAGGUUCACUAUUGGCCACAUCAGCGGCGAUCAUAAUUAUCAUGUAUUUAAUUAAACCGUAUGAACCUAAUUGUCAAUAUUUAGGUAAUAUCAACAUCAGUGGUGAACCCACUGUAAGCUCGACAAGAAGGAUAUCUUCAUUAUCAUCAGUGACUCAUACAGAGGAAAGACAGUCAACUGACAGUCUGACACAAAAUCUUUUGCAUACAAGUAUAGACUCAAAGUCUAUACAGGAUUGCAGUGAUGAUGAAAGACCACAAUUAAGCGGAAAAUACUUGAUCUCAAUACUGAUCACCGGAUCCAUUAUGCUUUGCUUUUACGAGGGAAUGGAAAAUAUUAACUUUGAAUACUUGUCCACAUUUAAUGUCAACACUGAUCUUAAAUUAUCGGAACAAACAUCUGAUGUUAUUAUGUCUGUAAUGUCUGCUUCUUAUACGUUAGGUCGUGGAAUCGGUAUAAUACUGGCCAUCAAAGUACAGCCCAAAUACUUUUUAUACACAAAUUUUAUACUCAUAUCAAUCGGUAAUCUAAUACUCUAUCUGUCGGCCAAUACAUCCGAAAUUUGGUUAUAUGUCGGAACCGUUAUACUUGGCUUUGGCUUCUCAACUGUAUUUCCUUCAAUAUUCUCAUACAUGGAGUCUCGUAUACGAUUGACAAACACAGUGUGCGGCAUACUAUCCGUUUCGUGUGCAAUAAUAGCAACCGUAGACCCGAUUAUUGUUGGCCAAUAUAUAAGCAAUUAUCCGUAUAUUUUAUUGUACGUAAACAUCGCCAGUAUUGUAUAA